AUGGGGGCCUGUGGCGUCUACUCUCAAGUGCUGCUGUGGUUCAACCUCAUCUCUCUUGUGACUUCCCUGAACCCAGAUGAUCCCAACGUGUGCAGCCACUGGGAGAGUUACGCGGUGACCGUACAAGAGUCUUAUGCUCAUCCAUUCGACCAGGUCUACUAUACCCGCUGCACAGACAUUCUCAACUGGUUCAAAUGCACAAGACACAGGAUCAGCUACAAGACAGCCUACAGAAGAGGUGUGAGAACAAUGUACAGACGACGCUCUCAGUGCUGCCCGGGUUUCUAUGAAAGUGGAGACCUGUGUGUUCCCUUGUGUACUGAACAGUGUGCCCACGGUCGGUGCGUUGCACCUGACACCUGCCAAUGUGAGCCUGGCUGGGGAGGACUGGACUGCUCUAGCGCCUGUGAAAGCGACUUCUGGGGUCCCCACUGCACUAACCGUUGCCAGUGUCGGAACGGGGCCAAAUGUAACCCAAUCACAGGAGCCUGCGUCUGCACAGAUGGCUAUCAGGGCUGGCGUUGCGAGGAGCUGUGUGAGAGUAACUUCUACGGCAAGGACUGUCUGCUAGAAUGCCAAUGCCUAAAUGGUGCAACAUGCCAUCAUGAAAAUGGCGAAUGCCUCUGCGCACCUGGAUACACUGGGGCCUUUUGUGAGAACCCUUGUCCACCAGGAAAGCAUGGCUCCUUGUGUGAGGAGCGCUGUUCCUGUCAGAACGGUGGAACGUGUCAUCAUGUGACUGGAGAGUGUUCCUGUCCUGCUGGUUGGGUGGGUACCGUGUGCGCACAGCCGUGUGAAUUUGGUUCAUUUGGCAUCAACUGCUCCUUGGAGUGCACGUGUCGUAAUGGAGGCCUUUGUGAUCACAUCAGUGGCCAGUGCCAAUGCACGGCUGGCUAUUUUGGAGAAAGGUGCCAGGAUGAAUGUCCAGUUGGCACCUAUGGACCACAGUGUGCCCACAAAUGUGACUGCCAAAAUGGGGCUAAGUGCUACCACAUAAAUGGUGCCUGUCUUUGCAAUGAGGGCUUCAAGGGUCCAAGCUGCCAAGACCGCUUCUGCCCAGCUGGAAUUUAUGGACUCCUCUGUGACAAGGACUGCCCCUGCAAAAUUGCAAACACACUCAGUUGUCACCCGUCAUCAGGAGAUUGCUCUUGUGCAGCGGGAUGGACAGGACUAUUAUGCAAUGAGACCUGUCCAUCAGGUUUCUACGGUGAAGGCUGCAAAGAAGUGUGUACCUGUGCUAACGGAGCUGACUGUGACGGCAUCACUGGAGUCUGCACGUGUGCUCCGGGAUACAUAGGUGAAGACUGCUCUGUUACCUGUCCAACAGGCCUCUAUGGAGUCAACUGCACAUCGUCAUGUAUUUGCCAAAACGAGAUCACAUGCUCACACAUUGAUGGCUUUUGCAGUUGCAAAGAAGGUUGGCAGGGAGUGGACUGCUCUAUCCCAUGCUCCAGUGGAACCUGGGGUCCAACCUGCAAUCAGACAUGUCAGUGUGCUAACGGGGCUGCUUGCGACCCCAUUAAUGGAAACUGCUCCUGCUCCCCUGGCUGGAGGGAUGAAUUAUGUGACAUUCCAUGUCAGGAAGGAACAUAUGGUCUGGACUGCAAAGAGAGAUGUGACUGUGCAAAUUCAGACGGUUGUCAUUCAGUAAGCGGCUCUUGCCGCUGUGUCACAGGUUGGACCGGUGUCCAUUGUGACAGUAUGUGUGAGGAGGGACAUUGGGGCCCCAACUGUUCUUAUGGCUGCACUUGUGUCAAUGGAGGCUCAUGCUCCCCUGAGGAUGGCACGUGUGCAUGUGCUCCUGGUUAUCGUGGAACCAACUGCAAACGAACAUGUUCGCCUGGUUUCUAUGGCCAUCGCUGCAGCCAGUCGUGUCCUCAGUGUAUCCACAGUGACGGGGCGUGUCACCACAUCACUGGACACUGCGAAUGUUUGCCUGGUUUCUUUGGCACCCUCUGCAACCAGGUGUGUUCAAGUGGGAAAUAUGGUAAACACUGCGCUGAGACGUGCUUGUGCACAAACAACGGCACUUGCAAUCCCAUCGACGGCUCGUGUCAGUGCUACCCUGGAUGGAUUGGCGAGGACUGUUCCAGAACCUGUCCACAGGGCUCGUGGGGUCCCGAAUGCAUUCACACUUGUAACUGUCACAAUGACGCUCUGUGUAGCCCCACUGAUGGAGAGUGUGACUGCAGUCCUGGAUGGGCAGGACUCUUCUGUACUCAGCGCUGCCCAACAGGUUUCUACGGUGCUCAAUGUGCUGAAGUAUGUCGCUGUCAGAAUGGGGCUGACUGUGACCACAUCAGCGGGCAAUGUUCCUGCCGGACUGGCUUUAUUGGCGAAAGCUGUGAACUCAAGUGUCCUGCUGGGACCUUUGGCUAUGGCUGCCAGCAGCUUUGUGAGUGCAUGAACAACGCCACGUGCGACUACGUAACAGGAACCUGCUACUGUAGCACUGGAUUCAAAGGCAUUCGCUGCGACCAAGCGGCCCUGAUGAUGGAGGAGCUGAACCCAUACACCAAGAUCAGCCCCGCUAUGGCAUCAGAGCGCCAGUCAACGGGCGCCAUCCUUGGCAUCAUCUUUCUGCUGCUGCUCAUCAUGGCUAUGCUGGGGCUCGUGGUUUGGUUGCGCUACCGACAUAGAGAGAAAGGCCACCAUGUCCCGAAUGUCACCUACACACCCGCUCUUCACAUCAACUCCACUGAUUACUCUCUCUCCGCAGGGCUUCAGUGCACUGGCCUGCUGGCUUCUGCAGAGUCGUCACCUUGCAACAGCUCCAUAGGCCGCUGCUUCUCCAACCCCAGCUACCGCACGCUGGGCCCCUGCUCCUACGCCGCUCAUUAUGCCAAGCCGGACAAGAAGCGCUCCACCAAGAUGAAGGCCAAAGGACGACACAGGAACAGUGCUCCAGAGUGGGGCGCCUAUUGUAACCUCAGUGAGUUGGGCGUCUACUGCAUUGACCGGCGUUACAGUUACCAAGUGGAGCCUUACUACAGAGAUUACAUGAAGAGCUCCAUGUCCAGCACCUGCUCCCUGAACAGCGAAAAUCCGUACGCCACCAUCAACGACCCGCCCGGCUUAGCGUGCAAACACUCGGAGAGCAGCUACGUGGAGAUGAAAUCACCAGCUCACCGUGAACAUUUGGCACGAUGCUGUACUGCGACCAUCAUCACCACUUCCAGUGCCAAUGUGCCUACUAACAAUAUCUACAACAUGGAGCCUACCAUCAGUAUCAUGCCAGGAGCUGGAGAUGUGAUGUUGCCCGGCUACCCACAGAAUCCUUAUGACCUACCCAGAAACAGCCACAUCCCCAGCCACUACGACCUGCUGCCUGUGCGGGCCAGCCCACCUGAAAGCCACAGCCCCUCUCUGCCUGGCAGCCCCACUGGUUCACUGCUCUAG